UGUUGGUGGCGGUAACGCACAUUUCAAACUGUUCGCCAAUGCCACGCCUGUCAAAUGAUUCAAGAAGAAGAAGAAGAAGAAAAAAACGCUGCCCAAUGCUAAUGAUAAUGCUAACGGCGAAACACGCACGCCCCGCACACACAUAACAGCACACAGAAGACGCCUUUGCCUGGGAAGAAGCGCACAACAUCUCUCGCACUCGCAGGUGUCGGCGCUGACAGGACGGGCGAGGAAACGGUCCCGUGUCACGGCGGAGGAGACAGGAAUUUGAUUUGAAGCUGCCUUCCAAUUCGUGCGGAAUCGCAGGUAUAAAUAUCACCUCUUCUAAUUCAAUUCAAGUGGGACUGUGGUGUGGUAGGGAGAGGCGGCGAGGACCAUUUGGUCAGACCUAGACUCUCCCCUGGAGGGCUUUCUUCGUCUGUUGGCAUUUUCCCGGGAAACCAAGCAAGAACUUCAGGGACGAUGAACGGAUGAUGAUGAAGUACUGCAUUGGAUUAUUUUGUUUUUGCACCCAGCACCACAAACAGGACAGUAAACUGUUGGAUGCUCUCAGCAUGGAGCCUCAUAGGAGCUGUUGCAGUGCAAAAAUGAAGUAAACAUGUUGUCUCCCGUUGACACCUGACAAGGGAAGUCAGCAAUUUGAUCAGUCUCAAAGUUCUGUCUGGCCUGUUGAAAUGAUCUCUGUGACGUUUUGGAAGGGCUUCAACAUUGCCUCGUGUCAUCGAACGUGAUCGAAAUGUAUCAAGAGCCUCAGGCAAAUCAGUGACUUUUUUUUCCCGCCCCCAAUCGCAGUUUCUCCCCUUGCAUUCUGGAACCUUUUGUCUCGUCAUCACCAAAAAUGCUUUACCAAUGAAUCAAACAGUUUUGUCUGCAUAAGGUGAACCGUGCGAAGCGUCAAAACAAAUGGCGUCAUGCAGGAAUGCACAUACUGACUUCAGGUGGGCCAAUGGACGAUUGGAAAUCUUGGUAAAGGUCAGUUGAAGUUUCCACAAGGUCUGCCCUGCGAACUGAGGGAUAACGUCCCUUAUUUGUCCCCUUGAAGAGCUCUAACAAUCACCGCUGUGGUUCUAAUACCGUGGCUCCAUAGUUUGCCUUCUUCCUCUUUGGAUUUUUCGUGAAGCCUUGGUUUUCGCACGAGCAACAUGGCGUCCCCCCAACGUCAACAACUGCUGCCACACAACACAGAGGUGAGCUGUGACUCGAGUGGCGAGGGCGUCUCAGUGAAGAUCGGCAGCAGUGUUAAACUCAAGCACGGAGGCGGGCUACUGGGUUCCAUCGGGGGAGGCUUCAUGGCAGGAUCCAAACACUGCAAGUACAGUAUCUCCUCCAGCUGUAGCUCCGGGGAGUCCGCAGUCAAGAGGACAUUGGUCAAGAGCUUCCGGUCGCAAAGGAGAGUCCCUCGACUUUUCGAGAGGUCUGCCGGUCACUUCUGGGACCCGAAAUUUGACUCGUCCAUCCUGGAGGAAGCAUGCAGAGAACGUUGUUUCCCCCAGACGCAACGGCGUUUCCGCUAUGUGCUCUUUUACCUGGCUUCAGCCGCCCUCCUCUGGGGAUUGUACUUUUCCGCCAACCCAUCCCGCUGCAACAGGAUAGUCUUUUUAAUCCCCACUGCAUCCUUUCUCCUUUUCUGCUUCUUCCUCUUCCUCCUAACCUUUACUAAGUUCUACUCUCGCUGCUACAAUCAAGCAUCCCUGCUGCUCAUCGUCGUCACCUUCAUGCUGACCCUGGCCCCUCAGAUCCAGACGUCAAGCUUCAACGGUCCAGAGACCUUCUCUGAUUUGUUAGAUGUGCAUCAUUUCAGCGGGCCUACGCAAAACCUGUCCUACCCAAAGAUAGUUGAGGGUAGCGCCUGGUCCGCGUGUGUCUCCCCCGUUGGCACCUUCUCACUCUGUAUUGAGGUUCUCCUGUUGCUGUACAGUGUUCUUCAUGUGCGGCUCUUUGCGUCCGUCUUACUCGGGUUCCUCUACUCGGUCUGUUUUGAGAUUUUGGGCUGGUUCCAUCUCACCCAGACCGGUGGCAGUUUGAGCUUAACCCCCGAAAAAGACCUGGAUAUCCUUCGUUGGUUGGGACCAGCCAAAGCCUUGCUCCACCUGUGCGCACACGCCAUUGGUAUUCACCUGUUUAUCAUGUCUGAAGUACGCUCACGCAGCACCUUCCUGAAGGUGGGACAAGCUAUCAUGCAUGGGAAGGACCUGGAGGUGGAGAAAGCCUUAAAAGAGCGAAUGAUCCACUCUGUCAUGCCCAGAAUCGUGGCAGAUGAACUGAUGAAGCAGGGUGACGAGGACAUAGGCGACGGUUCUGUGAAGCGAUACUCCACAAGCGGCGCAGCUGCUGUCAUCGCCAGCCCCAAGAACCAUAAACGCAAGAAAACCUCCAUCCCUCGAGGUCAGAUCAUCUUCAGACCCUUCAACAUGAAAAGGAUGGAGCCCGUCAGCAUCCUCUUUGCCGAUAUUGUGGGCUUUACAAAAAUGUCCGCCAACAAAUCUGCUCAUGCCCUGGUGGGGCUCCUCAAUGACCUGUUCGGACGUUUCGAUCGACUGUGUGAGCUGACCGGCUGUGAGAAGAUCAGCACCCUCGGGGAUUGCUACUACUGCGUGGCUGGAUGUCCUGAACCCAGGCCCGAUCAUGCUUACUGCUGCGUGGAAAUGGGCCUGGGAAUGAUCCAGGCUAUUGAACAGUUCUGCCAGGAGAAGAAGGAGAUGGUCAACAUGAGAGUGGGCGUCCAUACCGGCACCAUCCUGUGCGGCAUCCUCGGCAUGAAACGCUUCAAGUUUGACGUCUGGUCCAACGACGUCAACUUGGCCAACCUGAUGGAGCAACUGGGUGUGGCCGGGAAGGUCCACCUCUCGCAGGCUACCGCCAACUUUCUAGAUGACCGCUACCAACACGAAGACGGACAGGUCAACGAGCGAAUCGGUCAGAGUGUGGUGGCAGACCAGCUAAAAGGCCUGAGGACCUACCUGAUUUCUGGAAGGAAACUGGAGAAGCCCCCUCCUUGCAGCUGCUCCCAGUCGGCCUGUGAGCACGCCGACGUGAGGUGCUGCUCGCAGGGAGCGCACCCCCCUGAUGGCGCGCCGUCAGCCUGCAGCCUUCCCAAGCCUCCAUGUCCGUCCUGCAGUGUCGUCCUCGUGCCCGGAGACGAGAAGGUGCUGGAGGAAAGUGACGCGACCCAUGGCCGCCGUGAAGACCACAAGACGACCAGUAAUGGCAAGGACUCUUCCUGUGUCAAGGGUGCCCCCGGGGUCUCCGCGGCCCGCGGCCCCAAGGCUCUGAACGGCCUGCUGAGCCCUCAACUGGAGCCUCUGAACAACAGCCAAACGUCGCUGUGCGAGAUGCUGCAGGAGAAGGAGAAGAAGACGUGGGCCGGAGGCGCCUUGGGCAUGGACCACUCGGCGCUCAUCCCGCUGCGCUCCAAGAACUUCCGGCAGAGAAGCGACGCACACUUUGUGGAUGUCAUCAAAGGGGACAGCCUGAUGAAGGACUAUUUCUACAGACCGCCCAUUAACAAGCUCUGCCUCACUUUCCUGGAUGAGAGCCUGGAGUCUGCCUACCGGAUAAGCUAUCAAGAGGAGGUGGAGGCCCGAGCAUCGGUGCAGACCUUCGCCAGCCCAACCUUCAGUUCUUUCCUGGACAUGCUGCUGUGCUCUUCGGUGUUUCUGGCUUUGUCGAUGGCCUGUUUCCUUCGCCCCGUCGUUUCCCAGCACAGUCGACCCGCGCCGGCCGCCAUCGUGACCGCCGUGGCUGCUUUGCUGGAGGCCCUGGCUCUCUUGUUCGCUAUCCGUAUGGCGUUCUACCUGGACGGCGCUCUGAAGUGCACUAGGACUCUGAUGAAAGUCGUGUCGGCGUGGAUGCCGCGUCACCUCGUAGGCGCCGUCACCGUGUCCUUGCCCGCUCUGGCUGUCUUCGCCCACGUCACCUGCGAUAUGCAUCACUCCAUUCAGUUCACCAUGUUCAUCUGCUGCGCUGUCGUCAUUGCUAUCAUUCACUUCUGUAACUCUUGCCAGCUCAGCUACUGGAUGCGCUCGAGCUUAGCAACUUUAGUUGGACUGGCGCUUCUUUCGCUGCUCUUCACGUCUCCCUGCAGAGUUGCUGCAAGUCUUUUUUUCUGGUCAGACCAGCGGAGCAACAGCAGCAACAGCUCAAUUCUCAAAUACGAGAAGCAAGCUGGUGGUGGAGGUGAAGCCCACCCCAAAGAGCUGCUGGGCCCUGAGGCCUGCGUGGCCUUUUUCCUGCUCCUCCUCCUCGUUUGGUUCCUCAACCGGGAAUUUGAGGUGAGUUACCGCCUCCAUUACCACGGCAACAUGGAGGCCGACCAGCACCGCAUCAAGAUCCAGAACAUGAGGGACCAGGCCGACUGGCUGCUCCGCAACAUCAUCCCCAUCCACGUGGCGGAGCAGCUGAAGGUCACGCAGAGCUACUCCAAAAACCACGACAACGUGGGCGUCAUCUUCGCCAGCAUCGUCAACUUCAGCGAGUUCUACGAAGAGAGCUACGAAGGCGGCAAGGAGUGCUACCGGGUCCUCAACGAGCUGAUUGGCGACUUUGACGAGCUGCUGCGCACGCCCGCCUUCGCCAACAUCGAAAAGAUCAAGACCAUCGGCGCCACGUACAUGGCGGCGGCGGGCCUCAACGCUCAACAGUGCGCCGAUGCCGCCCAUCCUCACGCCCACCUGCGGGCCCUCUUCGACUUCGCCCUGGAAAUGAUGCGCGUGGUGGACGACUUCAACAAGAACAUGCUGGGCUUCGGCUUCAAGCUCCGCAUCGGAUUCAACCACGGGCCCCUCACCGCCGGCGUCAUCGGCACCACCAAGCUCCUGUACGACAUCUGGGGCGACACGGUCAACAUCGCCUCCCGCAUGGACACCACGGGCGUGGAGUGCCGCGUCCAGGUCAGCGAGGAGAGCUACUGCGUCCUCAGCGCCAUGGACUACGACUUCGACUACCGCGGCACUGUCAACGUCAAGGGGAAAGGGCAGAUGAAGACCUUCCUUUACCCCAAAUGCGGCGACAGCGGCCCAGUACCACAAUACCAGCUCUCCGUCUCUCCGGAGAUCCGAGCGCAGGUGGACGGCAGCAUCGGACGCUCGCCGACCGACGAAAUCGCCAGCAUGGUGCCCAGCGCGGCGGCGAGCGGCAACACGGUGCCCAGCGUCAGCGCCGGAUCCUCCGCCAAAAUGGGGCUUAGUCACGAGACGGGCGACGGGCUCCAUGGGCGUCCCUCGGGGCAGGCCUGUCACGCCAGGCGCUCCGUGUCACACGGCGGCCUGACGUCCGUGCACGUCACCAACCUGGAGGGACCGCCUUUGGUCGCCAAUAGGAACCGGCUCGUCGUCUCAGCGGCGGUAAAGCCUAGCCAGAUUGCAACAGCUGCGUCCCAGAAGGACAAACACCAAGAUUCCAACAGACUUUGAGCAUUUUCAAGGCUUUUGUUACACCCAGGGGGAGGAAACCUUUUUCCUGUUUUUAUAAAGUCCACCGAGGACUACAUUAAUGAAAAAUAUGUUCCAUAUUAGGAACCUUUGUGCGUUCCCAUUUCUUUUUAGAGUUGCGGUCGUUUCCCCUCCCCUCUUCCACCUGACAGUUGGCAUUUGAAUCAAGCCCGAAGGAAAGUUGUUUUUUUAAACGCCCCAAACUUGAGCGAGCGCCUGACAUUCUUAGUGGCUUCUGCCAGGUCGAAGGAAGAGAACGAUAUGAACUUGAUUAUUGCUACCUUUAAUCUGUCUUCUUUUUAAGUGCCUUUAGAAUAGAAUAACAUCUAGACUCCAGCCUUUUUCUCCAAAAUUCUUAAAAGGCAACAAAAAUGCUUUCGCUGUAUCACUGUUUUGCUUUCUAAGCCAUGUUUUUUUUUUGCAACCUUUUUGCCUUUGAUUGUCAAACGGCUGACGUUAUAGGCGGAAAGCGCUACACGGUUUAUAUUAGCAAAAUGCUUUCCUCGUUCGUCGUGACAACGCCAAAGCUGUUUAAAAGACUCGGGCGCGUGAGGUGGAGCUGCAUGUUGAGUGUGUGUAAUUGCAUGUACAGUAUACAUAGUGCGCGGGUGUUCUUUCAUGUCCAUCCUAACAAGAUCAAAUGUAAAACUACUGGAUGACUCGGGACCUUUUGUAUGUCGUUGAAUGUUUAUUUUAGUAACGUGACAGUCUCUCAGCUCAUCAAGCCGGCUUGAAAUGAUCAUCCAAACUUUUUCUCGUCUUUGUGAAUCAGGAAGCUGCACCUUUUAGAGUGUUUGAAUUCAUCUUUGAAUCAGAGCAAAGCUCAACUUUCUGCUUAUUAUUAUUUCCAUAGCACUUGAAUUGUUCGUGUGAAUCUUCGGUCCUCUCACUUUGAUCAGAGAAGCCGAAUGUUUUGGUUUACUUAGAUCAUUGAUUUCAUUGUAUUAUUAUUGUUACAAUGCAACCUCAAAAGUAAAAUUCUAAAUGUUUUACAAUUUGGAAAAUAUGCCUCAAAAAAUACUCAAAAGCCUGAAUGUCAAUGGAGUUCUGUUCCUACUGCUGCGACCUACCCCGAUUUUUUUUUUUUUUUUGAAAGUCUAUUGCCAGUUUUCUACUGUAACAGCAAGUAAUUGUGACGUUUAUGUGAAGUAUAAUUUAAAAAAUAUUUGGACCUCAUAUGGAGCCUUGUGGAACACCCACCAUAUCUAUAUACAGGGGGUCCUCUGUUUAUGAUGUAGUUCUGAUCGUAUGCCUGCAAUAUAACCCAAAUUUGUACUUUAGUCUGAACACUCGAUAGUCUAUCACUAACCUAUGCUAACACACUAGUUAAGUCAUAAUUAAAAUAAAUAUUUGUAUGAAAAACAUUUCAAGUCAAGGUUUUACAAUUUGGAAGCUUUUCUGGAAAAAUAUGCUUCAAAAGUCACUAAAAAAACCUGGAAUUUGGCGGCGUUACGUUCGUACAGCGGCAAUGUACCCCACAUUUGUACACAUCAUAAUCUAUCACCAGUUUUCUACUAUAACGCAAGUCAUUGUUACAUUUAUUGUAAAGUAUAACGUAAAAUGCUUUGGACCUAGUGUAGACCCUUGUGGAAGACUGCCAAUGUGUAUCUAUAGGGGGUCCUCUGUUUACGAUGAAGUUCCAUUCCUACGGUUGCGAGGUAGCCCGGAUUUGUAUGCAAGUCUGAACACUCUGUAGUCUACCUAUGCUGACACCGGAGUUAAGUCAUAGUUACAGUUAAUAUUUGUAUGAAAAAAACUUGAAGGCCGGAGAUAUAAAAUAAGAGGUGAACCUCCCAGAAAUCACCUCUUUACGUCCAUAUCAUGUGUCAUCAGUUUCCCCUAAAAAAAUGUUUUUACACUUGUAUGACAUUUACUUUAAGUAUGAUUUAUUUUUAUUUUUUUGAUGACAAGUGGUUAGCACGUCCGGCUCACAGUUCUGAGGUUUCUGGCUUCAACUCUCCACUCCAGCCUUCCUUUGUGUUUACAAAAUAGAAACAAAUGAAUGGCCAAAGAGGUUCCACUAUUAUUUGAAGUCAUGCUAGUUAUUAUUAUAUUAUAAUUAUUAUAAUUAUUAUAUAUUAUUAUUAUUAUUAUUAUUAUUAUUAUAGUUAUGCUAGAUUGUGUGCUCAGAGGCAAUACAGAUGAACAGUUGAAAUAGAAUAUUUUGAAAUCAGUGAGCAGUACCAACCCAAAUGGAAUUAUAGAAAUAAUUUGUCUGAUUAAAUAGCAUCAUGUAUGAUUUGACAUUACCCAUUGUGGUGUACAUAUUCUUGUAAAGUCGUGGGUGUCUUGUGCCUUUAAUUUUUCUUUCUGUCCCAGAAUCAAAUACAUGUAGUUAUUAAUGGAUAUUUUUAUGUAUUUGAGUAGUGCCCUUGUUUUCUUUUUUUAAACACAAUUCAAUGUAAACAUUCACAACAUGUUCAUUAACACGCCUUACAGCUGACUUACAUCGUCAUAUUCAGUUCCUAUCUUGCCUUCUAAUAUAUUCUGUAUUUAUUUCUGCAUGUAGUUUUAAGUGCAAUAAUUCAAAUGGAGUAAAAGGGAUUUUAUGCUUAUGAGCACAUAAUUCUCACCCAAAUGGGUAAUUAUUAACACAGUAAAGGUACGCUUCAAUAAUGACCCGAGAAUAAGUGCUUAGUAAGUUUUGGAUAAAGCGCAUAUUCAUCUAUUCUUUACUAAUUUUGAUACUUUUUAAAAAAAAAUGUGACUUAGACUUAACUCUUAAUUAGUCACUAGCAUCAUAUUAAAAUAAGUAUUAUAAGUGGAAAGUUUCUCCUCAAGUUUUUCUUUUUUUUUUUUGCUUCUUGCACUGCAAACAUGAGCUUUAAGAUGUUUGUUGUUUGACGUACUGAGCUGUAAAGGACGUUCCGAGCCGCCUGCGUGGCAUGCUGGGAAAUGUUGAUGCCAAAGAGUGUCAUCGCUGUCUCGUCUGCGUUUGAAAAAUACAUUUCCCGCGUGUCUGCUUUUGGUGAGCGCGUUCAAGAUAGCUUGUUCAUAAAUUCAGUGUUUGCACAAGGUAUAUACGUACUCAGUUUUAUGUAGCGUAUGACUUUGUAUUUGUAUAAUAUCUGAGCAUUUUCUAUUAUUUAUAUAUGUGCAUGUAUUGAAUAGCAUAAAGGACUAGCUCAUUUAACAAUGUUGGAAUAAUACACAGUACGUGUUUACAUUUUGCCUGCACGUGAGUUAAAACGUGUGUGUUUUGGAAGGGACGUACUUAAUUAGCUGUAUUCAUUUCAAGCUAUUCUUUUUACAUUCUCUGUCAUAAUAUAAUAUUAAUUGUCAUUUUUUUUCUAGCGUCCCAACUAGCCAAAUAAAGACAUUACUAAAUGUAUACAUUAGGCAGUGUGAAUAGCCUGCCACCCACAUGUUUUCAGGACUUAUUGUUGUUGUUUGGAUUGUUGUUUUUUUCUGUAUAUAGCGCGCUUAUUUGGUAUGCAAAAGGAGGUAACCUUAAAUAAAGUCAUGUUGUAACUUUCUUUUA